AUGGUUAAAACUAACUAUUCUGGUUUAAAUCCUGUAGUAGUGCAGGCGUUAAACAAUCUGCAAUAUAGAUAUAAUGGUGAAACACCAGAAAUGUGGUGUUCUCGUGUUUGUUAUCCAUUUAAGAAACUUCUUGAAUAUAACCCAAAAUACUUUUCGAAGAAUGGGUUUAUCCAGAUGAUUGAAAGAUCAUAUAUAGAUGGGGAAUUUAAAACUGGGAGACGCUCAUUUCAUAUUUAUUGCACUGUAUGUGACUCCUUAGUAAUUAUCCGUGAAAAUACCAUUGAAUGUGCAAAUAUUCACCUAAAUGAGUGUAUUGCUAAAACAGUCAAAAGGCGGAUUGAAUAUUCUAAACCUGUACAGAAAAAUGUGAAAAAAAGAGGAGUGCCAAGCCGAAAUAGUGUAUUAUCGCUUAGUUCUGACGAGAUAGAUGAGAUUUAUCGAACAUAUUGUUUUACAUUAAGUAAUUACUGGACUAAAUAUAGUUAUCAUUAUUUACCUGAAGAUAGGAAAAGGGUUGUAAAUCAUUUAAUUGAAAGUGCAAAAGUUGUCCAACUGGCUUGGAGGACUUUCAAGUUGAGACCUGAAACAUGGGCGAAACAAGUUUGGAAUAUGGUAAGAAAUGAUGGUUCUCCUGACAAGAAGAAGUUUCUAGGUAUAACUCCUUGCAAAAUAAGAGUUCCUGAUGAUCGAUAUAUAGACUAUAUAUGGGAUCCCAGUUAUCUUCUGGCAGGAAUUAAUUAUGGAGAUAGAAUUCAAGCUAAAGAUAUGCCUGCAUAUUAUCAGAAUCUUCCUAUAUUAUAUGAUCAUUAUUCUUCACAAAGCUGGGUAGAAAAGAAGAGAGAACAGUUAUGGGAACGAUUAAAUAAUGUAGCAUACAUAGUUGCUUUUAUAGAAUUACAUCGGCAAGGCUAUAGAAUUGUUGAAUAUUCAGGAUGGAACUAUAUGUUAAAGUGGCUAUCAAAUCCUGAAUAUUAUCGUAUUGAUAAAUAUCUCAACAAUGGCAAUGAAAACUUUGUUAGAAGUUCAGAAUAUGUACAAUAUAAGUGUAAAUUGGCAGGCAAACAUUAUCAAUAUAAUUUACUAGAUAUUGGCUAUUAUAAAACUGGAAAUAUUAGUAUUAAUGGAGAGACUACUACUAUAAAUUUCUCAGAUUUACAUAAUAAUUGUGAGUAUGUGCGCCGAAUUUUCCGGAGCAUAGAUUCUUUAUUAAAAUAG